GUCAGACGAAGUCCUCGAGAGCCAGAUCCUGCUGAGACUCAGCAAGAGAAGAAAGUCAUCCCGUAACCGCACUGUGACUGUCUGCUCAUCGCCACAUCAUCACCUGCAGCUUCUCCACUGAAUCAAAGGAAGACUAAUCCCCUUUAGGAGGAAGAUACAGAGCCCCUACUUGAUCCUCCAGACAAGAGAAAAGCAGUGACCUCAUCCUCUCACUCCUAGGUCCCCUCUCUUCAUCUCCUCCGUCUCCAGUCCUCGUGUCUCAGGUGUGUGUGUUCGUCCCCGUGUGAGCAGCAGCGAUGGGGGACUGGAGUCUCCUGGGGAACUUCCUAGAGGAGGUCCAGGAACACUCCACCUCCGUCGGGAAGGUCUGGCUCACCGUCCUCUUCAUCUUCCGCAUCCUGGUGCUCGGCACGGCGGCCGAGUCGUCCUGGGGCGACGAGCAGAGCGACUUCCUGUGCGACACCCAACAGCCCGGCUGCACCAACGUGUGCUACGACAGCGCCUUCCCCAUCGCCCACAUCCGCUACUGGGUGCUGCAGAUCGUGUUCGUCUCCACGCCGUCUCUCAUCUACAUGGGCCACGCCAUGCACACAGUGCGCCGGGAGGAGAAGGAGCGGAGGAGGGAGCAGGAGGAGAGGGAGGCGAGAGGGGAAGGUGGAGAAGACCUGGAGGGGGAGAAGGAGUACCUGCAGCAGAAGGUGAGCGUCAGAGCGACCAAUGUGGACGCGGGAGGGCGCGUUCGCCUGAGAGGAGCGCUGCUGCAGACGUACAUGCUGAGCAUCGUGAUCCGCACGGUCAUGGAGGUGACGUUUGUCGUCGUGCAGUAUCUGAUUUAUGGAAUCUUUCUCAAAGCUCUGUACCUCUGCAAGUCCUGGCCUUGUCCAAACCCGGUGAACUGCUACAUGUCCCGGCCCACAGAGAAGAACGUCUUCAUCAUCUUCAUGCUGGUGGUGGCGGGCGUGUCUCUCGUCCUCUCGGUGCUGGAGCUCUACCACCUCAGCUGGAAGAGCAUGAGGAGGUGUGUGCGCGACAGGGUGAUAAAGAGGAACAGCCAAAGAGCCGUGGCAGUGGCCGUGUCUGCAGCCUUAGAGCCCAACAGCCCCCCUAGGCCCUUGUCCUCCUGCACGCCACCCCCCGAUUUCAGCCAGUGCCUGGCAGCCCCGAGCCCGAUGACCCCCAUGACCUCUCACCCCUUCAGCAACAGGAUGGCGCUGCAGCAGAACUCGGUCAACUUGGCCACCGAGCGGCAUCGCAGCUGCGACAACCUGGAGGACGAGGAGGACUUCCUGAGGAUGAGGUACGACCAGGGGCCCGCGGAGCUGCCCAUCACGUGCUCGCCGUCGCCUCUGCUGCACUCCGGCUUCGCAAGGGAGAAACGCCGCAUGAGCAAGACCAGCGGGAGCAGUAGCCGUGCUCGCCAAGACGACCUGGCAGUAUAGACUCAGAACCAGGAAGAGAGGCUGUGAAAGGAAGGAGAAGGGACAAAGAGAUCGGUUUAUGUGUCUUAACAUGACUGGCUGAAGAUGCAAACCACCACUGAAGCCGGGCACUUGAAUACAGAAAGGGGAAGAAGUCCAUUCUAAGUGGAAACACUGUGAUCUGUGUGUGGAAAUGACAAACUUGACAUCUGUUAAAUCUUUGAUAGAUAAUGUGUUUGAACCAUUCAGUCUUGAAAACUUACAACCAAAAUGCAAAAGAGAAAAAAUAAAUAUUUUGAACUGAGAACAGGGUAACAGGUGUGAUACCUGAAUAUUGUACAUUUGAUGUUUUAGUUAACAGUAAGCCAAAGAAUAAGAUGUGAUUUGUUGAGAUUAGUGGUGCAGAGACUCUUUCCUCAUAUGCAAAAAUACGACACAAAUCUUAAAUAUGUGAUCCAGUAACAGUUAAAAAGAUAUAAAAGAUAGAUUUUACAAAUCAGGGAUUUACCGCUCAUAUGAAGUAGAUGUGAAGAAUCCUUUUAUGCAGUAAAUGUUUUUAAGUGAAUCAAGGUAAAGUGCCUUAAAAAGAAAGACCUUUUUUUUUUUUUUUUACAUUUUUUAAAAAAAGUUAUUGCAAAAACGAAAAUGCAACUUUAAACAAAAAGCCAUAUUUUGCUUUUUUUAGACUGUUGAAACGGUCAACAGCCAUAAAAUGUAACUUGUCACAAUCUUGUCACACCUGUGUGUUACCUUAUUCAGAAGUUGUAUAAUUCACAGGAUGAUUUGUGUGCAGCACUGAUGGGAGAAUGUAGCCUGUUUCAGGAUUUUCCUUUUUGAAGGAGAUUCAAAGAAAAAGAAAAAGAAGAGCUACUGCUUGGAUGCAGCUAUAAAGAGAUCCAGCCACUGGGUGGCAGCAUUGCACUUAAAUGUUUUUAGUUUCUUUCCUGGAGCCAUUGUGUAAAUAUUCAGUUUGUCCCUAUGCAAUGUAUUAUUCUGAUGAUAUCUUUGAAUGUAUUUUAUUCUGUUUCUGGUGUUCUGACUCUUUGCAGAGUAAUACUACAUGUUAAGAUGACAGCAGUUUUAAAAUAAACAUCCGCUGCAGCCGCACAGCAAACAUUGAUUUAAAAAUAGAAAUCUUGUCCUUCCAUACAUGCACUGUAGUUUUUUUGUUGUUGUUUAUUUCACACAAACCUUUAUGCAAUAAUUGUCAACACUUUCCAGUCAAGUCAUUAAA